UGCAGAGAGCAGUACCUGUUCAACGUGUUCGAGGUGAUAGUAUCGACUCUCGAAUCGAAACUGCAGCGAAUCGAGAAUCUCGAUAAAGCUGUGGAGCAUCUGAUGCGCAGAGUCGAGGCGCUCGACUCUCGAGUCACAGACAACAUCGAUAAAACCGAUUCGAUAAUAUCGAAACUGAGGACUCUCGAUUUGAAGCUGUUCCAGCCUUCCGGGGAUCCAACGAACAUUGAUAUCAGGCUGUUGUCACUGGAUCAGAAGGUAAACGACAUCGACUCAAAACUGGUGACCUUGAAGAAUCAGCUGGAUUCUAACUUCCUGCCAGCUGAUGACUUCAAUGCAGAGGCUUCGGAAAAGAAGCCAAUCAGCAUGAACGUAGUGGAUGUGUCCAAGCUGAUAGGCAGUGAGUUAGACUCGCUUCGCACGUCGACGGCCAACGUGGACCGCAAGCUGCAGUUCCACAUCAACCUGGUGUCGGAGAACCUGGGCAAAAUCCUCGGCAUGAUGACGGAUGUGCAUGAGGCCGUAGUGGAACCGGUUAUCAUACACACUGGACAACCGCAGGCUUUUAGGAACAGGACUACCCCAACUACCCCAGCCACAACGGUAAUCAAGAACAGCAAACUAGACAAGCUAGUCCGCCAGAUGCACCCGAUACUGAGCGUUUCAAACAAAAUGGACGAGGUAUGGGACGUAGUAGUAGGUACAAAAAGCUCGGUAGAUGACCUAGUUCCGAAGUCGGACGAAUUACUGACUCAGACACAGCGACAGGAGAGAGCCAUCAGCGACAUCCACGCCGACCUCCGCCUCACCACCAACAAGAUCAUCACCAACCUGGAUGUCGUCGAGAAGCGACUCAAGAAGCAGGAGGAUGAUGUAGUCACCCUCAGCCAAAGGCCGGUGCCUGCUGAGUUGCUGCUCGAUCCCACCAUUGAUAGGCUGGUGGAGUUUGGCAGUCAGAAUAAAUACCUAGUGGCCCAACAAGAGGACAGCCUCAGUUCGAACAACCAGAGCCCGAUAACCGAUGUGCCACCCCCGAUCACAAUCACCACCCCCGGAGGGGUGGGCGGGUCCACUGCCACCCCUUCGCCACCACCUCCCGCCCCCGGGGGCAGUGCCGCCAAGCAGAUUCGCAACCGCAACGUCAUCUUUCCCAGUGUCAAGAAUAAGCCUUCGCCCGCCAACACUACAUUCACCACUGAUAUUAUCCCAAGUAUCAAGGAUGUUAAGGGGUAUUCCUGUCUAGAUCUGUUGAAUGCUGGCAUGAGGCAUUCAGGAGUUUACUACCUGCAGAUAAGGGGCACAACCUACUGGUUCCUCAAGGUAUUCUGCGAACAAGAGGUUGCUGAAGGAGGGUGGACGGUGAUUCAAAGACGUGACGACCUGGGAGAGCCAAGAGAAAACUUCAACCGAGAUUGGGCCGACUACAAGAAUGGAUUCGGAGACCCAGGCAAGGAGUUCUGGAUGGGAAAUGAAAACAUAUAUAUGCUCACCAACAACGAGGACUAUAUGCUAAGGAUUGAGUUGGAGGACUUUGAGGGAAAUAAGAGAUAUGCGCAGUAUUCGCACUUCAAGAUCUAUUCAGAAGCUGAGUACUACAAACUGGAGAUAGACGGCUAUGAAGGCAAUGCAGGGGACUCACUCAAUGAUCCCUGGUAUGGCAGUAACAACAGUCCAUUCUCAACGUACAACAGAGACAAUGACCGUUCGAGCCUCAACUGCGCGUCUAUGCUGAAGGGAGGAUGGUGGUGGAAGUCGUGUGGAAGGGGGCUCAAUGGACUCUAUCUAAACGACCCUCAAGAUAUCACUGCCAGACAAGGUAUUGUGUGGUUCAGGUGGAGAGGAUGGGACUACACGCUCAAGAAAGCCAGUAUGAUGAUCAAACCAAAAGGCUCCAUUAGUUCAUCGUAAGAGACGCGACGCCAUUUUGAGAAAGAAAACAACAAAUAAAAUACGCCUUAAAUCAUCUAGGAAGAUGUAAACACAGGCAACAAUUUAAACAAACAAAAUCAAAGCUAUUACAAACAAAAAUUUACAAUCCCGGUGGUUAUGAACCAAAAAAUUUAGUUUUUCAUCUGAAGUCAGAAGAUUGGAGAUGUUCAAUUUUUUUCAACAGGAAUGAGAAGAAUUUGGAGAUAACUAUUAGAGUGUUAAGUUGUUAUUACCUACUUAUUAUUUAAAAUUAGUUGAACAUUUUAUAAAAUGUUAUUUAUCAUAACUGUUGUUAGGAUGUUAUCCCUUUGAAACAGAGUAAUAUCAGGUCCAAUUUUCAAUUCUCUUUGUGAGAAUUACUUCAAAUUUUGGAAGUGAAAAUGAUGUAAUAGCUUAAACAAGAGUAAUAAUUGGAUGAUAAGCAAUAUGGAAUAUCUAUGAAUUAAAUCUGUAUUGUUUUGAUUUCUAAUUAUGAAUCAAUUGAAGUAUUAAACAAUAAUAUUAAUACAUGAUUGUAUCGUCUACAGUUUAUAAUAUUUGUGAACUUGAAUUAAAAUUAUACAUCUAUAGUAAAUAAUGAAACGAAAUUAUAUAAAGGAAUUUAAUCAACCACAAAAAUUACAAACAAACGAAUAAACUAUUAUAAUUCAAUUUACGUAUGGUUUAACACUGAAAUAAACCAACCAAUUUUAUUGAGUUUAUAACAAAACAAAUAUGAAUUUUGUGAUUUAUUCUCAUUUUUGGGAAUGAAUUAUAAUUACCAUAUCUGAAUCCUGCUCAGUUUUGUAUGAUACAUGAAAGAUAUAAAACAUACUAUAUCCUAAAAGCUUUUAGGGAAAGCUUUUUCAAUAUUUUUUGAAAAGAGUACCGUAUUAAAUUCUGUAUUUUAAGUUUAAACUAGUAUUUAUUUUGUUUGUAUUGUUUUUUACCAAUAAAAUGUCUAUCCUUUGUUGGAUUAAGAUUUUUAAUACUAAGAAACGUAGGAGAAUUUCAAUUUUUU